AUGGGUUUCUGUUGUGCCGAAUCCAAACCGUUACUGGGCCCCACAAUCGCCGUUUCUCCAUUCGGUUUCAUUUCCGGUGGCGGUGCAGCCACCGUUGACACCGUCGAAUCCAUUCGAGCCUUCCGAAUUCCAAUGACUUUUUAUGUUGAUGAGGCUGACAUUCACGUUGACGGUGAUCACACGAGGGAUGUACAGCGUAAUCAAGACGGUGGAGAAUACGUCAAAUUGAGGUGGGACCCUCAAUCGGAGGCCACUACCACCGACCAGAGAGGAUCGCGUCUCUGGUAUUGGGUCAAAUCUGGGCUCUGUUUCCUAUGUCUCGGCCUCAUUGCUCUCAUUGUUUUCAAAUGGAUUGGCCCUUUGUUCGUAGAAAAGGCUAUUAUUCCGAUGAUAAAUUGGGAGACGAAGACAUUCAGUUAUCCGGUGUUAGCUGUAAUGGUGUUUGCUUCUAUAGCGGUAUUUCCUACCCUAAUUUUGCCCUCCUCGCCUUCUAUGUGGGUGGCUGGGAUGACAUUUGGCUAUGGCUUUGGAUUCUUGCUGAUUGUUUCUGCAGCAGCAAUCGGAGUAUCCCUUCCUUUCUUGAUCGGUUCACUCUUCCAUCGUAAAAUUCAAGAGUGGUUAGAAAAGUAUCCAAAGAGAGCUACUGUGUUAAGAUCUGCCGGUGGGGGAAAUUGGUUUCGUCAAUUUCGGGCAGUUGCUUUAAUCAGGGUUUCUCCAUUCCCAUACAUAAUCUACAACUAUUGUGCUGUGGCAACCAGUGUUAAGUAUUGGCCUUACUUGAUCGGAUCCUUGGUAGGAAUGGUGCCAGAAAUAUUUAUUUCAAUCUAUACGGGAACGUUGAUAAAAACAUUGGCUAAUGCUACACAUGAACAUCACACUCUAUCUGCUCCGGAUAUUAUCCUCAAUGUUUUUGGCUUCUGCGUAACUGUUGGUACAGUAAUCUUUUUCACAGUCUAUGCUAAGAGGCAGCUCAAGGAGUUACGAAAAGGGGAUGAUCUGUUGUUGCAAUAA